AUGAUUGUAAAACUAUUUUUUUUCGCUCACUACACUUUCCAUUACAUUACUAACAAUGUAAAUAAUGGCCCACCAAUGACAAUCAAGGGGGCGUUCUGCGACUGCGCUUUGUGUCACAGCAUCAUUGCAGACUGUCCAUCAACCCCCAUAAACACACCAGGACAUAAAUCAUGCUGAAUGUUCAUCGCAUCCUAUGAAUUUCAGGAGUGCCAACAGUUGCCACGAGUACUUCAAAAACGUUGCACGGAAUGCGGCGACGAUCGCCGACAGCGACAAGAGAGUCCGACGUUGUGAUUAAUAAUUCAAAAUUAUUGAUGCACGGAAGCAAGGUGAAAUCCUAUUACUGAAAAAUUUUACAAUAGAAAAAGAAGCGAACAGCGUGUAAGGUUUACUCGAGUGUGCAUUUUGAGCCACAAAAUGGAUACCGCUAAAUUGGUCGACUACGGCGAGUCGAAGACUCAUCUGGAGCAGCUCCAGCAGUCCCUGUCGCAUUUGGAUCACCAUCCUCACCUCCCACACUCGCAUCAUCAUGGGCAUGCACAUCACCAUCAUCAUGGACUGUAUCACGCGGCGCCGAAUACAUCGACCAUAACCACAGAUUCGCUCGUUUCCUGUGUCACGUCAACUCUGCCGUCUGUGGGCAAGGCCACAUCCUCGACCUCAUCCUCCUCCAGCUGCGACAAUUCCGACCCAGAGCGCAAGAAAUGUCACAGUCACACUCACAAUUACAGCGAGAUAGAUGUGGGACAUACGCUGAUGGAGGCCAUCUGCACGUUGCCAUUGCCCAUGCAUGGCCAGAGAUCUCCGCCGUGCUGCCUGGCCAUGGCUGGCAAUACCACUUCUCCCGCCGGGGCUGGAGCCGGAGCUUUGCUGAGUGGAUCGACGCCAAGUGCAUCCGGAGGCAGUGGGUCUUUUUGCAAUGAUCUUGUUCGUGAGUCGUCCUGGUAUGCAGCGCAUCAUCAUCACCACCAUCACCAUCACCAGAUGCCCGAUGAGCUUGUUAUGUACACAACGCCAGCGCCGACGGCGGCAGCGGCCGCUGCCAUUGGCAAGUUUGGCUUGGACACAUCUACGGAGGGUUACUUGAACGCAAGGUACAAUGUGAAUGUCAAAGGCGUGCGCCAUGAAAGAACAUCAACUUUCUUCGAUAUACCUGCUGUGACGCACCCGCACUCCCAUCCGCAUCCACAUCCGCACCCUCAUGCUCCUCAUGCUCACCCGCCGCAUCCAUAUUGCUACAGAUUUCCAGCAUCGCCACCCGCGGGUAUACUUAAAAAGAGCGACGAAGAACCAGCAUCUGCUGCUGCAGCCGCGGUAGCUGCAACUUAUUGUAGUGAAGUGUCGGCCGGGCAGCAUUUCCACCAGCAGAACACAAAGAUAGAGCAUGCCGAUUCCACAACGACUGCAGCCAUUGUUCAACUUCACCAACACCAACAGCAGCAGCAACAGCAACAACAGCAGCAGCAACAACAACAGCAACAACAGCAGCAGCAGCAGCAUCAACAUGAAGAGGAACAGCAACAUCAGGCUGCUCUGCAUGCUCAUGCCCACAAUCAGCAGCAGCACUCACAGCAUGCAACACAUCAGCAGAAGGCACAUCCCCAGUUGACCCCUGUGCACGCUGCCUCCGCCUUCAAGUUCAGUCACACGGCUGUUAUAUCUAGCUCGGCAGUGUAUGCCACGCCCACGCAUUACGCCCACCAAGCCACAGCACAACAAGGACAAUCGUUGACCGCCGUCUAUCGAGACAUAUCUCCCACUACAGCGGGAAGUAGCGAAUCGGAUCUCAAGUAUGACAGUGGUCCCUACAACGCCACCAUAUCCUCCACCUAUCCUCCGCAAUUGCGUCCCAGUGUGGUUGAUUCGACCACGUCGAGUGAUGCGGAACUGCGGCUGGAUCAGUUCUAUGCCAGCAAUGCCAUCUCCACCAGCAGCAAUGGACAAACCAUCAGCCAACGUCGUGGUUCGCUGCAAUUGUGGCAGUUCCUAGUUGCACUAUUAGACGAGCCCGCCACCAGUUCCAGCUGUAUUGCCUGGACAGGUCGAGGCAUGGAAUUUAAGCUAAUUGAACCGGAGGAGGUGGCACGUCGCUGGGGCAUUCAGAAGAAUCGACCGGCAAUGAACUAUGACAAGUUGUCACGGAGUCUACGCUAUUACUACGAGAAAGGAAUCAUGCAGAAGGUCAACGGCGAGCGAUAUGUGUAUAGGUUCGUUUGUGAUCCUGAUGCGCUUUUUAACAUGGCCUACGGUCAUUUAGCCGGCAAACAAGCAGAUCAGCAGCAUCACUUGACCUUGGCUCUGGCCAAGUCAUCGUCUUCUUCGGAGUCGCAAUCGCAGACACUGCGCGUACAAAAAUCGACGGCUGCAGAUUAUUAUGACAGUGGCUUGCAUAAGUAUCAGUAGGCGGAGCGUGGGAGCUAUAUACAUACAUAUACGGAGGCACAACCAUGGCUCGUGUACAUUGUGUAAUUUAUUUUGCAUGGCUAUAUGAUUUGUAUGCGACGACGGCGCUGUUCGCUGUUUAAAUUAAAA